UACUGCGCGGCCGCCCCAUUCCCAGACGGGCCGCCAGCCCUCCUGGUUCGCCUCUGCCGCUCUGCGUCGCCGGGAGCCACCGGGAACCGGGCACCUGCGCCCCCAGCCCGGAGGUGCCCAUCUGGACCCUCCAAUGUGACCCAGUGGCUGGCGUUUCUGUAGAACCUACCCGAACACAUGGGGGAUGGAGAGGGGGCUUUUCUCCUAGCCCAGAUCCUCUCUCCUUUGGUGCAACUGCUGGCAUCAGUUUCCUGGAGGUCCUCAAACCCCCGCCGAUCAAGGUCCAUCAGGAAGAGCCUUGCCAGCCAGAAUGAUCAGCCUCACCCUGGUCCUGAAGCUUUCUGGGGAAGGUGGGAUUUUAUGCACCACUGCCCUGCCCAGUGCCCGACACCCCUGGAGACAGAGAGACCUCCCUUGGGCCCUUCGCAUCCACACUGCAGUCUUCCCCCAGCCUGCCUCUGGGAGCCGGGACUGCAAAGGGGCCUGCCAUGGUGUUCCUGGGACCCCCGGCUGCCACCCUGUUGCUGCCCAGCCUCACACUGCUGGUGUUCCACCUCUCCAGCUCCCAAGAUGUCGCCAGUGAACCCAGCAGUGAGCAGCAGCUGUGCACCCUGAGGGAACACCCCACCGUGGCCUUUGCAGAUCUGAAGCCUUGGGUCUCUAACUUCACCUACCCUGGAGCCCGAGAUUUCUCCCAGCUCGCUCUAGAUCCCUCCAGGAACCAGCUCAUCGUGGGAGCCAGGAAUUAUCUCUUCAGACUCAGCCUUGCCAAUGUCUCCCUCCUUCAGGCCACAGAGUGGGCCUCCAACGAGGACACGCGCCGCUCCUGCCAAAGCAAAGGGAAGACUGAGGAGGAGUGUCAGAACUACGUGCGAGUCCUGAUUGUCGCCGGCCGGAAAGUGUUCCUGUGUGGGACCAAUGCCUUUUCCCCGGUGUGCUCCAGUAGACAGGUGGGAAACCUCAGCCGGACUGUGGAGAAGAUCAACGGUGUGGCCCGCUGCCCCUAUGACCCGCGCCACAACUCCACCGCUGUCGUCUCCUCCCAGGGGGAGCUCUAUGCAGCCACAGUCAUUGACUUCUCAGGCCGGGACCCUGCCAUCUACCGCAGCCUGGGCAGUGGGCCACCACUUCGCACUGCCCAGUAUAACUCCAAGUGGCUCAAUGAACCAAACUUCGUUGCGGCCUACGAUAUUGGGCUGUUUGCAUACUUCUUCCUGCGGGAGAAUGCUGUGGAGCAUGACUGUGGGCGCACCGUGUAUUCUCGGGUGGCCCGAGUAUGCAAGAAUGAUGUGGGGGGCCGCUUCCUGCUGGAGGACACGUGGACCACAUUCAUGAAGGCCCGGCUCAACUGCUCCCGCCCUGGUGAGGUCCCCUUCUACUACAACGAGCUGCAGAGUGCCUUCCACCUGCCCGAGCAGGACCUCAUCUACGGGGUCUUCACCACCAACGUAAACAGCAUCGCUGCCUCUGCUGUCUGCGCCUUCAACCUCAGUGCCAUCUCCCAGGCUUUCAAUGGCCCGUUUCGCUACCAGGAGAACCCCAGGGCUGCCUGGCUCCCCAUCGCCAACCCCAUCCCCAAUUUCCAGUGCGGCACCCUGCCUGAGGUGGGCCCCAACGGGAACCUGACGGAGCGCAGCCUGCAGGACGCGCAGCGCCUGUUCCUGAUGAGCGAGGCUGUGCAGCCGGUGACACCCGAGCCCUGCGUCACGCAGGACAGCGUGCGCUUCUCACACCUCGUGGUGGACCUUGUGCAGGCCAAAGACACGCUCUACCACGUGCUCUACAUCGGCACAGAGUCGGGCACCAUCCUGAAGGCUUUGUCCACGACGAGCCGCAGCCUCCGCGGCUGCUACCUGGAGGAACUGCAGGUGCUGCCCCCCGGGCGCCGCGAGCCCCUGCGCAGUCUGCGCAUCCUGCACAGCGCCCGCGCGCUCUUCGUGGGGCUGAGCGACGGCGUGCUGCGCGUCCCGCUGGAGCGGUGCGCCGCCUACCGCAGCCAGGGGGCAUGCCUGGGGGCCCGGGACCCGUACUGCGGCUGGGACGGGAAGCAGCAGCGUUGCAGCUCGCUUGAGGACAGCGCCAACAUGAGCCUCUGGACCCAGAGCAUCACAGCAUGUCCUGUGCGGAAUGUGACUCAGGAUGGGGGCUUUGGCCAGUGGUCACCAUGGCAACCAUGUGACCACUUAGAUGGGGACGACUCAGGCUCUUGCCUGUGUCGGGCGCGAGCCUGCGACUCCCCCCGACCCCGCUGUGGGGGCCGAGAUUGCCUGGGGCCAGCCAUCCACAUUGCCAACUGUUCCAGGAAUGGGGCAUGGACCCCGUGGUCGUCGUGGGCCCUGUGCAGCACCUCCUGUGGGAUUGGAUUCCAGGUCCGCCAGCGAAGUUGCAACAACCCUGCUCCCCGUCAUGGGGGCCGCAUCUGCGUGGGCAAGAGCCGGGAGGAGCGGUUCUGUAACGAGAACACACCGUGUCCUGUGCCCAUCUUCUGGGCGUCCUGGGGCUCCUGGAGCAAGUGCAGCAACAACUGUGGAGGCGGUGUGCAGUCGCGGCAUCGAGCCUGUGAGAACGGCAACUCCUGCCCCGGCUGCGGCGUGGAGUUCAAGACGUGCAACCCAGAGGGCUGCCCCGAGGUGCGGCGCAACACGCCGUGGACGCCGUGGCUGCCUGUGAACGUGACUCAGGGCGGGGCGCGGCAGGAGCAGCGUUUCCGCUUCACGUGCCGCGCACCCCUGCCCGACCCCCAUGGCCUGCAGUUUGGCAGGAGGCGGACCGAGACCAGAACCUGCCCAGCGGACGGCUCGGGAGCCUGCGACACAGACGCCCUGGUGGAGGAUCUCCUGCGCAACGGGGUCACCUCCCCGCACACAGUGAGUGGGGGCUGGGCGGCCUGGGGCCCGUGGUCGUCCUGCUCCCGCGACUGCGAGCUGGGCUUCCGCUUCCGCAAGAGAACGUGCACCAACCCGGAGCCCCGCAACGGGGGCCUGCCCUGCGUGGGCGACGCCAAUGAGUACCAGGACUGCAACCCCCAGGCCUGUCCAGUGCGGGGUGCCUGGUCCUGCUGGACGUCAUGGUCCCCAUGCUCAGCCUCGUGUGGUGGCGGCCACUACCAACGCACACGGUCCUGCACCAGCCCCGCACCCUCCCCAGGCGAGGAUAUCUGUCUCGGGCUGCACACGGAGGAGGCACUGUGUGCCACACAGGCCUGCCCAGAAGGCUGGUCGCUGUGGUCUGAGUGGAGUUCAUGUGCUGAGGACGGAGUCCAAAGCCGCAGCCGGCGCUGUGAGGAGCUCGUUCCAGGGCCCAGCACUUGUGCUGGGAACGGCAGCCAGAACCGCCCCUGCCCCUACAGUGAAAUUCCCGUGAUCUUGCCUGCCUCCAGCGUGGAGGAGGUGACUGGCUGUGGAGGGUUCAGUCUCAUUCACCUGGUGGCCACGGGUGUCUCCUGCUUCCUGGGGUCUGGGCUGCUCACCUUGGCAGUGUACCUGUCCUGCCAGCACUGCCAGCGGCAGUCUCAGGAGUCCACACUCGUCCAUCCCGCCACUCCCAACCACCUGCACUACAAGGGUGGGGGCACCCCCAAGAACGAGAAGUACACACCCAUGGAGUUCAAGACCCUGAACAAGAAUAACCUGAUUCCUGAUGACAGAGCCAACUUCUACCCACUGCAGCAGACCAAUGUGUACACAACCACCUACUACCCAAGCCCACUGAACAAACACAGCUUCCGGCCUGAGGCCUCACCUGGACAACGGUGCUUCCCCAACAGCUGAUACCACCGUCCUGGGGACUUGGCUCCUUGGCUUCCGAGGCACAGAACAGGUGGAGCUGGGACAGUGGAGCCAGUUCAGUGUCCUCCCUCUGCACUAGGCCAGGAACUUGCUGCCUGGCCUUGUGGGGGUCCCAUCUGGUUUGAGAGAACUCUCGUUGACAGUGACCAUGGGGGAGAGGGCUGGCCUUGGCCUGGCACAUGGCUGCAGUUCCAGCUCAGCCCGGGCCUCUCAUGGCUUCCUCGUGACCCACCACCAUGCUGGUCUCCCCUGCCAUGUCUGCACUCUGGACCUAAAGGCUGUGUGAGCAGUUGGAGAGUGGAGAUGACAGAAAGGCAGACUCUUAGGUUUGGGUUGGAAAUGGUGGCCUGUGUGGCCAUCACAAGCCAAGUCUGCCCCUCUCUGGCUGGCCCCAGGAAGGGCCUGGCUACAUCCUGAUUAUCUCUGAAAGGUACUAAUCAAAUGGCCCUGGUAGCUCUGGAUUCUCUGCCCAGGGCUGGGCCAUUGUGAUGCUGCCCCAGUGUGGCAUGGGGACCAAGCUUGGCCCAGGUCUCUGCCUUUGCCUAGCAGUCUGUACUUUGCCCAGGGACAUCCCUGUGGUCAGAGGUGGUGAGGACUGGGGACUGGAAACUGAUCUUUGCUGAGAAGCCCUUUAAUCUGGGCUGGCACAGGCAGCUUUGCCUGAAAGGUGGCCCAGGAUAAAGGGAGGCAGGAGUCCAGCUUCCAAGCUGCUGUGGAGGCUGUCUUCUACAUGCUGCUCAACAUAGCUGUUGGCUGAGAUCUGCUUGGGAGUCUCUGCUGGCCUCUCAUCUGUUCAGGAGUGCACGCACACACGCAAUCCCAUCUGCUACAGCAGCAAGAGGGAUGUCGGACUGUGGCAUUAUUAAUUAAAGAUGAUAACCAGUCUCCAGAUGUAACGUUGUCUUCGUGCCUGUGUGUGUGGGCUCCUCUUGGCAUGGCCUAAUCAAUCAGAGUGAUGCCUGAGAGGUGCUAGAUGGUCUUCUCAGGCUGGAGGAAAUGGUCCAAGUAGGGUUGACUUGAAUAGUGGGUGUCUUUCCAUUUGUGAGUAUAUGUACACACAUGUUGCCCUAAACCCUUUUUGGGAAAGAGAUUAGGAGCAAAUUCACAAGUAAGGACACAGGAUACACCAAAGGCAUCAUUGCAGGAGAGGUUUCUGUCUGUUCCCUUAGCACCCUGCCAGGCAAUAGCUCCAAAGGGGAAAAGUGUGAGUCCAGAGCAGAUGAUUGAUGAGGGUUAUUUUAGGAGGUAUUUACAAUGCUGAAUUUAAUAAAACCAAAAUUGAUUUAGAAAUGAGUAAACCUGUGAGGUGGGGGAAGCCCCGUAUAGUUUUUCCGGGAUUAAAUAAAGAUAACCUUGAAGCCUCAACCCACCAAAUCAGUGCUACCAUUUGGGAGGAGAAUGAUGGGCAUGUUAAAUUUAGAGAGCAAUUUCCUGGCUCAGUUGAGUGGAUCAAUUCUCGUAGGAUUCCUAACAAAAUCUUCUCAUAGGUCAGGCUGCACAGCUUGUGAUCCUGCUGGUGAGGAGGAGGAAAAGCACAUUCCCCACCCACCCACCCCCGUGUGUCCUGGAGUCCCUGGUUCUUACUGGGACAACUGAGAUGGCAGUGUCCUCAGGCCAGCGUGGAGCCCAGUCAGAGAGAGCUCAGGGGACACAGGAGAAUUUCCACAGCUAGGUGCCUGUUAGCCUUAUAUGAGUCCAGAGCUUGUGGGGGGGAUGUGGAGGUAUGUUAGAUCUUGGGGUCUUUGAUGCUCUAAGAUCUGGGAGAGCCAGAGAAGUUACAGGGCAUUUGAGGGCCUAGGGUGCCUGCUUCACAAGGGCCACUAAUGUAUGUCCAAGGGGAGAGACUGGCCAGGUCUGUACGAAGCAGUAAUGGAGAGUUUCCAGGUAAUGCCCACUCCCUGUUGACUAGAAUGGCAUCUGCAGGAAAGGAAAGCUGUGGAUACUGUGGCAAAACACCACACACAUACACAGAAUUUUCUUUAUAAAAAUGGUU